UUCCAGUCGCCAUCUUGCCUUGGCGGGAAACUUUGUAGAACUCAGAAUGUGCCGGUUCGGCGAUCUGUUCUACUCUAUAUGGAAAAACUGUCGAAUGUUGGGAUAAUUUAUCGUUGUCAGCAACAGAAGACGUAGUCAGACUUGUUACAAGACUAGUUGUCAUCACUGGCAGUCCGCGGAAUCAGUAUGCAGAGAAGAUGAUGUCUGGUUGAUGGGAGUACCUGCUUGACAAGAAGGGUGUACUGUUUCCUGCCCAGACUAUUGUUUCUGUGCCAGUACAGUGGUGUGUACGUUUUCCAACUACGAAGGCAGCUGGAAGACAAAGUUACAGUCUUCGCUCACCUUGGCGUAUCAAACCAAACUGUACAGCAAUACAACUUUCAUGGACAUAUGUAAAUACAUUGUAUUAGAAUAUUGGUUUGACAACCAACUAUAGAAUCUCCAAUAACUAUAUUUUGUGUUGGUUUGUAAAGAAUGUGAGUAAGCUGUAUGGGUAUUUGUGGAUAAGUUAUUUGGUAGUAGCACCAUCUUUUGAUGGAAAUAAUGUGAUAUUGAUAACCUUGGUAGGUUGAAAUAAGCAUGGCAGAGACACUGUUAGAAGGAGAAUCUCAGAGUGAGAAUGUGGCUGUAAGUGUGGGCCUGACACCUACAAAACAGCAGACACGUGACAAUGCUGCUGACAUUGGUAGCUCAGUGGUGUUACAACAAAGUCCGAAAGAUGCCGAGGAAGUAGUUGACUUGUUAUUAAGAGAACUGAUUCCUGAGAAAGACUGGGAUGCAGUAAGCAAUGCAGAUCCCAACCCCAGUGUUUUAGCUGGAGAAGAAUUAGCAAAAGCUGACAUAUUGGAAAAUGGCAUUUCUAGCCAUGAUAGAAACCAUGCAACAGCUGAAGGAACAGGCCCAGUGAAGCCCACCAGUGAGAAAGAUGUCCUCUCAACUCAGCAAUGCGAAGAAGGGAACAGUGAUGUAUCAUCCAUUCUCAAAGACUUAGAUCAGUGUCUUGGAGAUCCAAGUUCAGCAGGACCCUCAGUUGUAGGUACUUAUGUCACAGAAGAUGAUGAUGUGGACAGUGUCAGUGUGAUGUCAAAAAUUACAGCUUACCUGUCUGGGGAUGAUGGUCAGCACUUCUCUAUCCAUGAAGAGUUGCAACAGGACAAGGGCCCUAUGGAGAGUCUUGAUACUGAUGGUGUUGAGAAGACCCCAAAUGGUAUCCAUGAGGACUUUGAUGGUACCAACAUGCUUGUUGAUGAUGAACUAAGGGAAGCGGAAGAUGCUCCAGAAGUGUGUGCUUCAGUGGAUCAAGAGUGUGAUGUUGUGACAAGAUGUUGCAAUGAAGCUAAAGGUACUCGUCAAGUGGCCGUUGUGAAGACAAAACAAUGUUUAGGAGUAGAGGAUACAGCUAUUCAAACAACUGGCGAUGCAGAUGAUAUUGGAAUUGGGUCAGAAGAAAAUCACACAAAGUGUUCCUUGUCCAAAGAUGACAUCUCAAAGAACAGGCAGUCAUCUCAUAUGGGGAAAGACCAUGUCAUGGCAGUGUCAAGCAAACCUAAAGACUGUAGCUAUGUUAGUGAUAAUGUGAUAAUUGAUCUGUGUGUAACGCCUGAAGAAGAAGUAGAUUUAGUUGACCUGGAUGCCAAAAAUGUGUUGGAAAGUUCAGAAGAUGACCCCAUGGAUACUGAUCCACAGUUUAAAGUCAUUGAUGUUUGGCCAAAUCCUGCAGAUAGCUGUGGGACUCCUCCAAAGUCUUUAGCUAGUAGCCCAAUUAUAAGAAAGACAUGUUCCUCUAAUCUAGACAUAAGUGAACUGUGUGACAACAGAAAGACGAUACAUACAAGCAAUCAGUCAAGCGAAUCAAAAAGAUAUGUAAUUUCUGCUACUGCUGGUCUUUGUGCAUCUGUAGAAGAUAAGAAUGAAAGAAGAAAGGUUGGAGCAAUAGGAAGGAAAGCUGUCCCUACUGACAACGGAAAUGUGAGUGGAUCCUUGAACAGCUCUAAAGAAGUAUCACUUAAAACUCCUCAAGCAGAACAGGCCUCUGAUGUUACUGGCAAGCCUCAGGCAUCUCAAGACAAGCAAAGAAAUCAGAUGUCUGUUGUAUGCACAUCUCGAAGCACCAAAGACUGUGGUUCUGAGAACAGUGACUGGAGUGUACAACAAAGCUCCAGUGCAUUCCUCAGCAGCAAAGGUUCGAAAAAUAAGACAAAGAAUACCAGACCAUCGAGCAGUGUAGAUUAUGAUGCUGAGAUCUUGCAGCAGAAAAAGAAAGCGAAAAGGAAUCCCAGUCCAGAAAUUACUGUCAAAUCAGACUCAAAAAGAGAAAAAACAAAAAUAAAGCCCAUUGUCUGGGAUCGCUCUCCAGUUCACAGCAGUAAAACCAAGAAUGCGGUUGUACUUCCACCACAGAAAAAAGUUGUUUUAAAUUCAGAAGGAAAACAGGGUUUUGUAGCCCCAACCGCCAAAAAAGAAAUGGUACACAAGGCAAAAAUGUCUGAGCCACAGAAAAAAACAGCAAUUAAGAAGAUUGUCUGGGAUAGAUCGCCUGCUCGGCAAAAGGACACCAGUAAAAAAUCUCCUAUGAAAGAUGGAGAUCUGGAAAUCUGCAUCUCAAACAAGGUUGAGGCCGCCAAGGAAGAUGUCAGACUUGUCUAUGAUCCUCAAAAGCCAUUAUCACCAGAUUCCAAGAAUAAGCUGCUGGAGCAUCUACUGAUGGUGGAAGAGAGCCAAGAAGUGGAGGCAGAGGAGAUGCAACCAAGUAAUCUUAAAGUGACUGUUUCAAAGUUGGACACCAAGGUCACACUGUCAGACACAAUGGCAGAAUCUGAUUCUCCUGUUCCAUGUAAAAAGAUUGCUUUAGAUGGAGGAAAAGGCAGCAGUACAGUCAAAUCUGUUGUAGUUAAGAGCAAAGAGAAGACAAAGUCUGUUGCAGCCAAAAGUUGCAGUACAACUGUGCAGAAGUCUUCUAAGAACAGGAAACAUAAAACAACAGAUCAUGGCCAAGAAGAAAAGGAAAGACUGGUGGUGCUCAAAGGUCAGCCCAAAUCUAUAGUACAUGCAACUGCUCUGGCACACAACAGCAAGGGAAAAACACAAAAUGUUGUCAAAGAUAAGGAAAAAUCGACCAGUGUCAAAGAGGCACAUUCUUCUGAUGCCACUAAGAGGAAGACGAGGUCAAAACGAAGAAAGAAAUCAAGUGAUAGUAAUGGUUCAAAUGAUGGACAGGGCAGCAGCAGGAAAAAAGUCAACGUAUCAAAUGACAUUGAAGAUGAGUUGUCAAGCCUCCUGGAAGUAGCUCCUAUAGAGGUAAAGGUUCCCCGCCCAAAGCUGUCAGAGAAACUGCAGCAAGAAGAAAAGCCACCAACAAAACCAAAAGAAACAUGUAUUCUAAAGGACCCUGUUGAUGCUGAAGGAGUCUCAGAGAUGUUGGAGACAGGGCCAGGCACUGAAGUAAAUGACUUGUCGGAAAAGUUGAGCAAGUCCAGGGCCAAAAGGCAGCAAGAGCAGAAGACUUCAGAUGAAGUACAACAGGUACAUUUUCUUGCCUCAGAUACAUGUAAAGAGGACUUGUCCCAACAUGAUAUGGAAGACAUCACUGAUGAGCAGCCAUUGGACGAAAUGGAACAAGCAGAAGAAAUUAGGAUUACACGUCAAGUUGUGAUAACAGAUGAUCAUAUCAGUAACAUCGCAGCACCUGAGCCUUCAAUCAUGGAAGAGGGCUUGGAUACUCUAGAUCUGAAUUUUGGCAUAGAUGGUACAGAACUACAGGUCACUUUGCCUGGGGAAAGUUCUGAUCUGAAGACAACCUUCCAAAGUAUGCUUGAAGCAGAGGACUUCUACAACAAGAAUGCUGAAGCAUUGCACUUAAGAAAUCCCAUGGAAGAAAUCAUUGCACAAGAACGACUUAUGUAUAAUGACACAGAAACUAGUGCAAAAUCAAUAUCAGCUGCACUGGAAGGUGAGGACCAUGGUAGUGACAACAUGUCUGGUUAUGAGACUCUGGAUGAGAUUGUCGACUCAGAUAAUGAAGUUCCAGUCAGUGGUAGUGACUCACAGACCAGGCAGGCAUCUAAGGUAUCAAGCCCCUGCGUGAAAGCUUCAUUCAUCAUAUUACCAUGUCAAAAUCAGUCACCACCAGUAUUGAAGACGACUGAGUCUUUAAGUUCAGAUAUUUCUGUGUUUGUGAAUCACAGCAAACCAGACAGUCCUGAAGACAGGAAGGAGUGUGAGAGUGCUGUUGUGAAGGGAGCAGCUUUACCAAGUCUUACCUUUACUACAGAUACUAUUUGCAACAAAGCUGCAAAGGUUGGUUCAGAAUUCACAUUGCCCGAACAUGCUGGAGUUGCCCAGGAGGAAUCAGAAAGAGUGCCUUCAAGAAUUGGUUUGCAGGUGAUUGAGAGUAAGGAUGCUAGUAAAGGAACAGAUCCAAAUGAUCUGUCACUAUCAGCUCCUAGCACUAAUGUCCUGUGUGACAAGCCAGUAGAAUCAGUCUGUGAGGACCAAUCAAAGGAUGACUUCAGCCAUGAACUGAGACAACUAUUAGAGAAAGCAUUGGUUGAGGCACUCAUCCACAGUGAUAAAGAAAGUGCUGGGAGUAAUGAUGCUGCAGCAUUGAAAGACUCUUCCACUAAAACAAGUCAAAACCAGAUCCCUACUUUAGGAAAAGAAGAGGAACCAAGCAUGGAGGAUAGUGAACAAAAGAGUGGUGCUACCAGUGCAGCUGUAAGAGAUCUAAGCCAAAUGUCUUCAUCUGGAGAGAAGGCUGCACCUUGUGAGCACAAAUCUGAGAAUACUGGUUCAGGGGUGAGCGUUUCCAAUCAUUCUGUUUUUGAUGACAGUUGUAAUGAUGCAGUUAAGUGUGAUGGCGUCGUCAAAUUACCUCCAGUUGGUGAUGAUAAGACAGGUCAGGCAGAUACAUCUGUAGGCAUCCAGGCUACCACAGAAAUUAGUCCUGCAGUUGUCUUGGAAGUUUGCAUUGGAGGACAGGGUCAAGACGCAAUGUCUAUCAAGCCAACAGAAGACAAAGAUACUGAAAUCUCCUCCAUUGUAAAGAAAGAAAAGGAAGCACCUGAGGAGAAACCAGAGGAAGACCAAAACCCCUUAAAAGAGCCCCUUAAGAGUAGCAUAGUCAAGUCUGAUUUUCCAGCUGCAGACAUUCGUGUUGUACAAGACAGCUGUAAGAAGGAGCCUCCAGCUGAAAAUACCAGCUUUAAAAUUGGUGGUCAAGUUGACAACAAGCCUAGCUGCAGCACAGAUACUACGACAGUGUUCACCAGACUUGAGAACUCUCCUCAGAAGAAGUCUGAAUCUGGAGUCUUUAAUAGACUUGGUGGGUACAGCACCAAACUGAAGGGUAAGAAGUCACGCGCCGAGUGCUGCACCAAACCACGCUUCCACCCAUACCAAGGAAAGACUCCUACAGAAAGCCAAGGGCAAGGAGAGGAGAAUGAUGUCCAUCUGUGUAAGGAAUCCGUAGAGGAGCUCAACCAGAUGGUCGCUAAGGAAGACAAGGCGACAGGAUCUCGGGGGCGUAAAAAGUUCAAGAAGCCACGACCACCACGGCGCGGUCGCAGCAAGCUGUACAGCAAGCUGCAGGACAGACUUCAGCAGGAGGGCCGGGAUAUCAGAGAGACUUACUACCUUGAUGACUUCAGCGAGAAUCCAUAUGAUGAGGGCCGAUUUACUCACAAAGGGUCAGAUCCAGUGUACUAUCUUGAAGAGAUGCCUUGCGUUCGGAACGAUGACCCAUCUGAUAUGACAUCAAAGACGUAUCGCUUCAAGGCCACAAUCAAGGUUAAGUUCCCAAAAAGGGACAAAGACUUCCACUGUUACCCAGCUACACAGCUGCCCAGGUUCAAGAACAUCCCAGAUCAAUUCCCUCGGCAUCAAAUAAACAAAGAGAAAACGAACAAUCGCCAUUAAAUACUCGGCUACAAACCAGGUCAAACAGGUCACUUAUCUUCCUCCUUCUGUCAGGUUAUGUAUUAUUUCAUGUAGUGAAAGCCAUGCUUGUUUCUUCCACCAGGGUAUUGAUGCAAGUAUGAAGCAUCUUAAGAGAAAACGUUUAUACAAAAGAUAUAGAAGCAUCCAACUUAAAUUAUACAUUUUAGAACUGAAAAGAUGACAAUUUUUAGUCAUUGGAUGCCAUUACAAAGAGCUAGUGAUACUGUCGAUAAACAUGGGGAAAAUCUUGUCAACCUGUUUCCCUGAAAAUAGAAGCAUUUCCAUUUAGCAUCUAUUGAAUGAUAUCAUACUGUGUCAGAUUAAAAAAAAAACGUUACUGUAGUUUUGACAUCAAGUACUGACACCCCUUUACUCGUAUCUUAGAAGGAAUUAGAAAUGAAUGCAUUGCCUCUGAAAGUAAUUUUUUGUUUGUACUAUAUGAUAGUGUUGAAACCUAUAUGAUUGAAUAUGUUAAGUAUUUGUUACACAUUGUGAAAUAUUUGUAUAUCUGUAGUAGAAGUUACAGCAGUAACUAAACUGGCAUCUUUCAAGUUGAAGACUUCUAGUGCAGAAAAUUCACUUCCUUUUUAGAAGUGUUCUUUGAGAAGUCAAGAAAAGGACGUUUUCUCUUUUGUUAUUAUUUUGACGAAUAGUUAAGAUUAGUACAGAGAAGGGUACUCAGGCCUUUAAACACCUUUUACCUGCAAUAUUGCAAGCUGGCAAAAUUUAUCUACAAUUCAGAAAAUCUUUCUGUAACUAUUGGUACUCAAGCCUCUAGUCCUUUCUACAAUAUAACUUAUCAAACUUGCCUAACUUGUAUAAUUUAUUUGAAUGGUACCAAGAUGAUUUUUUUCCAGCCUGCAAGUUGUUUUUUCCAAGUUUGUAUUUCGAGCCCUGGUAUUUGUAUUAUAAGUUGUUCAGGUGUUCACCAUAUACAUAUAGUACACUUAUGUUGCAUUUGUUUGAACUACUUGCCAACAACCAAUGCCACUGUUUACAUUGAUUGUUUUCUCCGUACAGUCUGAUAUCUUUGUCCUUAGCAGGGUACGGUAACAAUGGUGCCAAGAAAUGCUAUGCAGAUGGGUGUAAAAGUUGAUUACUAUGAUCAGGAAAUUUUUCAUUCUAAAGUUAAAACUGGCAGAUAACAAUAUAUUGUGUUAGCUCACUAACGUACAAUAAAUGCAACUUAGUCCAUAAAUUUGUAUGCAUACAAACAACAUUGUUCACUAUAAUCAACACCUUAAAGAGAUACAACCUUGUAAUUGUUGUACGAUUUUGUCUCAGUUAUUAUUUUUCCCAGUGACAUUUGAUUUGGGAUGUCAUUAUAGUAGGAUGCAAGAGUUUUACCUUUUGAAAGAACCAAACCCCAAAUCAAUAUAAACAUAGACGCCUUACAUUAAACUCAGUUGGUAUAGCCAUGUACUCAGUAGUGGAUUCAAAGUCACUGAAAGGAUUUUUAGAUAUUUGAGAUUAUUUUGAAUAAAAGAAUAUUCAAGUUCUAAAUGUAUAAACAAUUACAAAGUUUGGACAGGUUUGAAUUUAUCUUUAGUUUGGAAAUAAAUAUAAACGAUUUAUUAAAUGUUUAGAUACGUGUUAUGUUUCUGGCAUGUUGGGAAAUGGUAGAAAAUAUUAUUGCAGACUGCAAAAUAUACCCAUGCGGUAAUGUGAAAUUGACUAUACAUAUACACUACUUCUUGAACUUGAAUCAUACUGUAACAUUAGGAUGAGGGGGAAAAUGUAACAAAAAUUAUUAUGUACCUCAAGAUCCCUUCAUAGCUCAUAAUGUUGUAACUAGUGUUAGCUUGUAUGUUUUGUUGGUUGUGAUGCAAAAUGUAUUGAUUUAACAUUAUUUUUUUACUUAAUUUCUAAUGUGUCAGCUCUUUACCAAACAGGCCUUAUACACUCCAGUCCAUGGUCAUGACUUCACACUACAGGAAAAUGUAACAAAUUGUGUAUCAACAUGACAGCUAUCAAAAUGUUACAUUUGUGAUACUGUGAUCCAGUUUGAAUAAUGAAGAAAGAAUGGAUCAUCUGUGAAGUAUCUUUAAUAUCUUUGUUACCUUAUGAUAAGAAGUUUUCAAAAUAAAGAUUAUCAAAAUGAAA